AUGGGGUCUUUGGAAGCCGUGUCCCGGCACAGAGACCCUUUGCCCGCCAUCGGUUUCCUCAGCAAGGACAACCUGGGAGGAUAUACUUCCAAACACUCCUCUCACGCCGGCUCCCCCAAUCCUUCUCAAGCGUCCAGCAACAUGUACACCUCCCAGUCCCUUUCCUAUUCUUACGCGCCGACCACCAGUGCACCGUCACAACCGGGCUACCUCCCUCCCUCAGAACCACGUCGGCUCGUCGACGAUGACAAGGACAAAUCGGCCGGUCGCCAAUCCUUGCCCUCCAUCCACGAGGCUCUCGGUAACGACAAUCAUCUGCCAUAUCCUUCGUCCGCGUCUGCGCCGCCCUCGCAAUCAGGACAUUCCGCACCACCCCCUCCUCCCCAACACCUCCUCGGCCGGGCGGGUGUCGAAGGGCCUUCCGGGCCUCCCAAUCCCUUCUCCAAUGGCGCCGCUUCAACCUCACUGAUGCGGGAACCGACAUAUCCUUCGCAUCCGACCCAGCUUCACACCGAAACCUCCUCGCGGACCAGUCUCCCCUCGGUCAAUACGCAAGACUCCCGCAACGCCUCUCUGCAAUCGCUCAGUACCGGUCGAUCGCCGACCCAAAGUGCGAAAACGGCAAUGACAUCGAUCACAGGGUCACAAAACUCGACCUACGAUUACAGUGCGCCGCCGUCCGCCGGGAGCAUCGCUUCGCCCGUGGGCCAUGGCCAGUUCCCAUCCAACUACUCCUUCAACCCGUCGCAACAACCCCAUCCACCACCAGCGCAUCUUCCAAACGGCUCGUCCUAUCAUCCCUCUCAAUAUGACGGUCGUGCAUACUCGGGUGUACCCCGGAUGGACGAUGGGAAAAAUGGAUUUGCCAGCCGACCACACCCCCCUCAACCUCAUUCAGAAUCGGUGAAGAGACAUCUUGAUAUCUACGAUGUGGAGACAUCACUCAAUGAGGUAAGCACCCUGAAUCCCUCCUCGGGAGUCACCACCCCCUCCCCCUCCCCCUCCACGUUUUACUCCCCGGAUUCUUCGAUCCUUCCUCUCUGUCUAUUUGACGCGUGUUCUGCGUGUCAUGCUCACAUCAGUCACCACACAAUACCCGUGCAUUGGGACCUUGCGCCGGCUCAUUGGUGUGGAGACUCGUGGUGCGCAGAAUUUUCAUGCGUCCACCCACGAGGCUGGGACGGAUGGAGCCACAUCGACGGGAUUUCUGAAUUUAGCACCCGCACCUUGGACUUUUCAAGACGAUAUGCUGCACUCGCGCAUCAGACGCAACGCGCUGGACCUCUGUUGGGGUCCUUGCCCACUUUGAACGAAGUCGAAGAGAUCCUUCACCUGCAGCGUCGAAACCAAGACGCGCUGAUCCGAAUUCGAACAGCCAUCGUCAAUCAAGAGCAGGCAAUGGCCGAGCAGAUGGCGCAACGAAAAGCGUACAAGUCGGGGGAUGAUGAUCACAUGGCCAUGUAUCAGGACGACUACAAAGGGUCCGGUGGCUUUGCCGGGGGUGAUGCUAAAAAACGACGAGGAAAAGCGGCUCCCCCUGGCCGCUGUCACAGCUGUAACCGUGCCGAAACUCCCGAGUGGCGGCGUGGCCCAGAUGGUGCUCGAACGCUGUGCAACGCCUGUGGGCUCCAUUACGCUAAACUGACUCGCAAAAUGGGUGCCAACAAAGCAGCAACCAUGGGAUCCAAUCUCAAGCCCAAGGUGGCUCACGAGUCUGCCUCGCCUGUCACCCGCUAA